UGUGCGCUCGUGCAUGUGCAUUAUUAUAAAUAAUACAAAUUUAAAUGUUAUAGUUUCUCAUUACAAAAGAUAAUCUCAGUUUUUUAGGGUGCAGAGAAACCAUAUGGAGAUUGCAACAGAAUACUGAACUGCAAUCAAAGAUACAUGCCAAAAUGGAGUGUUUAUUUAGACGGGUGACAGGCAGGUACGUGGUCUGGGACAGGCAGGGUUUCAGAAGGAAUCAGGGCGUGACAAUUGGUGUCUGCUGCCUGGUUGCCUGGAUACGGGUUGUCUGGCUGUAUGGCCAACAUUUCACUUUGUUCUGACGUGAGAAUGACCAACGAGUAGCUGCUUUUGAUGAGCGGCGCCGGAUGGUUGUUUUGGUAGUUCCAGCUGAUUGGCUUGGCCGCAUUGUGUUCUUGCUACUCAGUGUUGAUUGAUUGUUGUCCACAUCAAUAUCCGUAGGUUGCUCAACCUGACGACAGGGGUAUUUAUUCUGCCAUUGACCGAUUUUGUUCUUAUCCUUCUGGGGGCCCUCUGUCCAGUCCAUGAAGUCAUCUUGAUCUUGUCCAUAGCAGGACUGGAUGGCGGCUGGAGCUGUGUUGGGCUGGUUCUGACUUGCAGAGAGAGGCCUAUUUGGAAGUAAAUGUUUGUUGUCCACAACAUCAACGUCCAUAGGUUGCUCAACCUGAUGACAGGGAUAUUUAUUUUUCCAUAGACCGAUUUUCAUAUUAUCUUUCGGUGGGCCCUUUGUCCAGUCCAUGAAGUCAUCUUGAUCUUGUCCAUAGCAGAUGUUUUUCUGGAUGGUGGCUGGUGCUGUGUUGGGCUGGUUCUGACUUGCAGAGGGAGGCGUAUUCCGAAGUAAUGUUUGUUGUCCACAACAUCUACUUCCAUAGGUUCCUCAACCUGACGACAGGGGUAUUUAUUCUGCCAUUGACCGAUUUUGUUCUUAUACUUCUGUGGCCCCUCUGUCCAGUCCAUGAAGUCAUCUGGAUCUUGUCCAUAGCUGGAUUUUGUCUGGAUGGUGGCUGGAGCUUUGUUAGGCUGGUUCUGACAUGCAGAGGUAGGCGUUCUCCAAAGUAAAUGUUGCCAUUGUCCCUGUAAAUAAAUAAAUUAUAAUCAAAUCCUGGAUUGUCUUGUGAUUACACAGCCACAUGAGGACUGUCUGAUAUUGAUGCUGUCUGACAUUCAGACAGGUCCAGAUUGGCAUUAUGCAUGGGAUUUAUGACCAGGUGCACCUUGGUUAAAUCUACUCCAUUGUGUGCUCUCUCAAUGAGAUAGGAACGCAAACUACGAGAAGAAAUGGCUAGUCAAACCAGGGUCUGAGACUGUGAUAUGCAGGAAUGUGUGUAUAUAUGACCAGACCACUGUGUAUUGGCGGUCCAAUUAACAAGCAAACGACAAUCAUUGUUUGGCUUUACUGAUAGGAUACCCCACAUUUCAAUAGCGAAGACGGAUCAGGUUAACUGGGAGGAUGCUGGCACCUGGCUGAAAGAUGGUUCUAAAUUCUCCCCCACGUUGUAUGUUAUGUGUGUUCCAUUCUAUUGGGCUGCCCCGGCACAGCGGGUUGUUCAUGGUGUUGACAGAUCUUGACCACAAAAUGGCCAUGAAGAACAAAAUUGUAAACCAUUGGACCAUUGACGGACCUCAAAAAAUUGGUUAAUGUCUUCUGUUUUUACACAGGAUCAGGGUGGGAAGCAGUGGCGGGUGGCGUACUACUCAACGCCUCUGAUUCCGUCUCUAAAGGUUACACUGUAGCUGACAUGGCUGCUAAAGCUGCUGCCACGUCUCCUGUCUCCCCCAUUUUUCAGAUGGUUUCUCUGCCUCCAACUGAUGUUUUCUCUCGUAAUGACGUUUCUGACUCGCAAUCAGGCGCUGACACAUUGGAGGUCUCUCGUCAGAAGGGGUUGAAAUGCUCCUUUGACCAGAAGCUGAAGUGUUGGGUUUGUCCUUCUUCGCCCCUGUUACCUCAUGUUGCAAAGUUGGUACAUGGCCAAGAGCAAGUUUCCAAGGGUGGGGUUGUGAAUAUUGUACUUAACUUUUGGUUUGCACCAAGAUUUUCCCUAUAUGCCAAAAAUGUUGGUGCAAAAUGUGUGAUUUGUAUGUCACACAAUGUGGGUAGGGGCACAUCGAUGUCAGCCCAUCCAAGGUCUGAGGGGCCGUUUGAGCACUUAAUGAUGGAUUUCAAUGAGUUGACUCCAUGCCAGGUAUACAACUAUUGCCUGGUAAAGGUGGAUGCAUUCUACAAGUGGGUAGAAGCAUUUCCAUGCAAACAUGCCACAGCCAUCGCUGUCGCAAAGAAUUUGAUACUGGAAAUUAUUCCCAGAUGGGGCCUACCAUCAGAAAAUGGUUCCCAUUUUGUAAAUAGUGUGAUUGAAUGCAUCUCCACUAGUCCGAAAACCGAUCCGCGCACACAUUGUAGCUAUCAUCCAGCCAGUGGUGGCUUGGUUGAUAGGGCUAAUCAAUUGUCCGAAUUGAUGGCUGAGACAGGGUUGUCAUGGGUAACAGUGAUGCCACUUGCCUUAAUGUACAUGCGAGGCAGAGAGCAUCAUACUACGGGUCUUUCUCCUCAUGAGGAGAUUAUAGGCAGACCAAUGAGGAUCAUCUCCACUCCUUUCCCACAGAAUAGACUGACGCUGAAAAACAGAGAUGGUGAGUUCCUAACAAUGUGUUGAAGUCUAUUUUUCCUAGGGUGAAAGCAGCCAUGCCUGAGCCAAAGGGAGGACCACUCCACAAGAUCCAACCAGGUGACUAGGUCGUUGUGAGGGACCUUUGUUUUCCACAACAUAAUCUUGGCGCUGCGAGCAGGGUUGGCAUCGGGCUGGUUGGCUGUCGACUGCGGAAGGCGCCGUGGGUCGGUUCGGACAAACAACACAUGGCCACUUUGAGAGGGCCAACCGGGAGAGAUGAGGAGGCAGGAAGGCCCGAGUGACUGCAUGGACGAAUCCACCGCGCCGAGUCACCCUCAGUAGGAGAAGACUGCUGUGGGACAGGACCAGGCAGCUUUGAGUUUAGCUGUAUGAGUGUGCCCCGCGAGUACCACCUCAGACAAACUUUGGGUGACAGCACGGGCGGGGGCUGAAUGAGUGGCCGCCUCUUACAGGUGUGUGGGAGUCCGCUGCUGUGGGAUAGUUGAGCGUGAAUGGUUAGGGCCAAGAGUGGGAAAGUAUAGCACUCUCCUGUUCGGAGGAGUAUAGAGGAAUAUGUUAAGGGGUGUGUAGGCGCAGAGAGAAGUGCUGCGAGAAGUGUUGAGUUGUUUGUGAAUGGGAUGAAGGUCAAUAUUCGAGAAGACAGGCUGAGGUCGAACAGGAACUUAGUUCCAAGGAGGUAUACGACAUGUUGUGUGUGAACGAGUGGGGUUGUAAGAAGACCUGUAUGGUAACGUCCUGUGGACCUGGAAGCAGGCAGGGACCAGUAGACUGUGAGUGUGAAUGUGUGUGCAAAAGAGUGUGUGUGAGGGAAGAGAAUUCCUGUCUGUAAGGAUCUUUGUGAAAGGAGAUUCAUUGGGAGUGAUGCGUAUAUUGGGUAAAUUGAUAGGAGUAGAUGAUAGUGAUAUUUGCUAGAAAAGGGACGUGUGGAUAGAUGGGAAGAAAAUAGACAGAUAGACAAAGAUUUUGUGGGAGAUGUGCCACGAGAAAGUAUUCAACAGUGGACAAAGGAUCUGGUCAAGUUUUGGGUUUUCUUUAAAGUGGUUUCAUUCAAUUGUUUGAAAAUAUUGUAUAGGUGGUCUGUUGGUUACGUUUGAAUGAGUCCAGUUAAAGGAUAGUGAGAGGAGUCACAUAGAUAAGACGGCUUUUGGCUGCCGUCCCAGAAAGUAGGGAGUAACGCUAGGCAUCCCAAUCCAGAACACAGAGAGACACUUGGAGAGAGGUGCAAAAGAUGACAGACACACCAAUUGAGAUUCUGGGAACUAGAUUCCCAAUAUUAAAAUAGAUCAAAUUCAGGUUCUAUAUUGGAAGAUUUAAAUGGCAAUUGUUUUCACAUUCCAGUUGGAGACCUCUGUGUACAUGAAAUUGUAGAAAAAUUUUGCUCAUCUAAAUUAUGAAACAUGACAAAGACAUGUACAUCAACUGGCCAGGGUUAAAUGUAUUGUUUGUGUGUUUGUAGGUCAUGUGUUUGUCAUGUUAUGUAUCUAUAUUGCAAACUAACGCCAUGCUUGCUUAUUUGUGUUAUUUGUUCUAUAUGUCUACAAGAUCAGUGAUUUGAGGUUCACUCUAAAAGGAGAGAAAGAAAGUGAGUUCUACGUUUAUGGAACAUUGGUAAAAUGGUAUUUCCCAAUUUAGGACAUUAAGAGAGAGACAUAUAAGAUUGGGGUUUAAAAUUGCUGAUUAGCACACCUUGAAAUUCAGUAAGUUAAUGCUAUACUCUCCAGUCAAGGUUUUAGCUUUGUGUUGUGCGAGAGUCCAUCUUUGUUUCUCACAAAGUAGGAGUCCUGAAUCCUGCAACCCUGAUACACCUUGUACAAUGAAGGGGUACCUCACCCAGAUGGCCCAGAUCAUUCCAAGGCCAAACCAAGCCCAGGCCUGUGAGAGACUGCCUUGGGUUCAGAAUAAGAAUAUUGGACACUGAUGGUUCCAGCUGCACCACAGCCAAGGAGAGGGUGGAGGAAUGGAGAGACUG